UUGAGGGAGGGGCUGCAGGUGGAAAUUAAAGAUGAAGCACCGGUUAAGCUUAGUGACUAUAAUUGGGUGCCAGACAUUAGAAGCAGGAAAAUCCACUUGAAGGAAGGUGUUGAAUGGGAAGAUAUAUCUUUCCAAGAACUGCUUGAUGGCAACAGCAACAGAUGGAAUACCCAAAGGGUGAGAGAUUUGAUUGCACAGGAGGAUUGCGGCCUGUCGAGCGCUUUCACGGAGGAGGAGGCUGCUCGCGGCUCAUCGUCGGGGAAAAACUUCGCCGCUACUACUCAAGGUUCGGUCUCGUGGUGGCGUCAGGCCUUGUGUCUUUGCCGGAUUCCGGCUAUGGCUCCGAGUUGUGCGAGCUAG